AUUACUUUCAAAUUCAGGAGAUACUUUUUACGUUUCGAAACUUGUUUAUUUUGCUUUUUAUUUCGAAAGUGACGAUUCACCAGUUUUUCGAUUUGUCUGAGUCUGAAUUUUAGUUUUCUUACUAGGCUUUUAUUGAUGUUUAUUUAUAUUGACGCUUUAUAUACAAGAAUAUUACGAUUAUGUUUAAGAGGGGUAAAAAUAAAAUAUCAUUAUUAGGCCAACCGAUAUCAGGGCAGAGACAAAGGUCAAAGUGUGCAUUAAUAAGCCAACAUACCUUUCUUUAACAGGAAAUUGCAAAUUCCACAAAGAAAUUUCCUUUUAAAAUCUUUAAAAUGUUAUUUGAUCUAAACACCAAUGAAAAUGAAAGGAAUAGUGAAAGUGAAAUGUAUUUAAACAGUUUAAAUAACCAUUUUAUGGUCAUUGUCUUACCAGCAAUUGUUGUCUUGGGAAUUCUGAUGCUUAUUGGUGGAGUCGGUAAUUCAUUGGUACUCUAUGUUUAUACAUGGAAAAAAAAUUGUGGAACCAUAACACGCUUUAUUCAAGCUUUGGCAAUGUUUGACCUCCUUAGCUGCUGUAUUGCUAUUCCAGGUGAAAUUAUUGACAUGACGAACAACUACACUUUUGGGAGAAAUAUAUUUUGUCAGUCUGUUCGUACUUUGAAUCUUUUCUGCACUGUAGGAUCUGGUUGCACGCUAGUUGUUGUCGCAAUUGACAGAUAUAAACGAAUAUGCUCACCACUUAAAAGACAAAUAUCUCCAAAAGAAGCUCUUUUUAUAUUGUUGAGUUGUGCUCUGCUCUCAAUUUGCAUUUCAAUGCCCACUGCUUUUGUGUUUGGCGGAAAGACAGUAACAACCAACAACAGUUUAGUAAAUGGUUCAGACUGUUCCAUUAAUGAUCGGUUUGCUGGAACCUUUUUUCCACUUAUAUACAAUGGUUUUCAAAUGACUCUUUUUAUAAUUGGCGCUCUGAUUUUGAUAAUUUUGUAUUCUAUUAUUGCAAGACGAAUAAUUUAUCAGGCGCGUCGGCAACAAAGACGUCAUAGCUUUAACUUUGGAGUAUACUUCGGAAGUGGAAGCAAUUCUAUGUGCUCAUCGCCAACAGAAAACCAAGUUCGAAAUUUCAAUACUGCACUGGGACAUAAUCACGCUGAAUAUUCAUUUUAUUUAAAAACUAAGAGUCUUCUGAUAAAUCAAAGUAUUCAUUCAUUUGAUCUUAGCAAUAAAAGAAAAGUAAUAAACGGUGCUGCAGACUCAUUCGAACCACAUCCAAGUAAAUUUAUAGCUAAGAAAAUAUAUAGGCCAACUUCAGAAAUUGAUUUUAAAAUGAACCUCAGCAAAACAACAUCUCAUAUUGCAAACAAAAUUGUUUUUGGAAAACAGUCAUUUACUUUUUCGACUACACAUUUAGAUCUAGAUACAUCAAAUUUUGAUCAAAACAUAAAGAGAUAUUUAUCUUUGCCUGUUUUGUGGCAAUACAAAUGCACAUCACAAUCAUUUUUAGUUACUGAAAGAGAAAAGCAAUCAGAUCUAAAUAUAACAAACAUAGUUAAAAAAGAUAAUAUGCUGUAUUCUCAAGUUGACGAAAAUAAUAAAACAAGUGUAUUAGAUCAAAAGAACAAAAUAUCAAAUAAAGUCAAAGAAACAAGCAAUGAGUUUAAAUGCUCAGGCUUUAGGAAUUCGAGUAAAAAAAAUCAAAUUGAAAAAAGGGAAUUCAAAUCGAAAGGUGAUUCAGUACAUUUUGCAAAAAGAAAGUUCGGGUCACUACGAGGCUUACAGGAUUUUAAAAAUAUUCCAAAAGUGUAUGAUUAUCAAGGAAUUAAAAAGACAACUUUAAUGCUUUUUUCCAUUACAUUGGUGUAUAUUCUGUCGUUUCUACCUCAUUUGGUUCUGAUGACAUUGAAAUCGCUUGAUUUACUGGAUGGAGCUGACACUCGGGGAGAUCUUGUCCACAAUCUGUUAAUCCGUUCCUACUUUAUCAACAGCGUUUCUAAUCCAGUAAUUUAUUCUUUUUUUUCAAAAUCAUUUUUUAGAGAGUGUCGCUAUGUAUUAAAAUGUUUAAAUAAAAAAUAAAAAACGAAAAUUAUAUAAAUUAUUUAACACAGAGAGAAAUAUACCAUAGGGGCUAAACCAUAGUUGUCACUACUUUCCUUAUACCCCCCCCCCCCCCUUCAUGGUUCUCAUCCUUGUAUUCACCUCACUAUCCCAAUUUAGCAUCAGUUAUCUCCUUAGAACGCUAAUUUGGAGGGAAUAUUAUUGGGGCAUGACAUCAGUAAACAGCUAAUUCACAUUUCUGAUAUAUGAAGUUAGUUGAACAGUAAUACAUAUAUAUAGGGUUCUAGCUAACCCAAAUUAAGCAACACUGAUCUAAACAAUAUGAAACAUGUACAACUGGAGUACUUUAUUAUUUUAUACAAAAACGUUUUAAUAUUUGAUAAAGUUCAAAUCUGGUCUGAUCUUGUAAAAUACACUCAGGUUACAAAUAAUUGCUUCAGACAAUUAUGUUUUUCUUAGACUUUUGCUAUAAAUUUGAUUCAAUUUCAGGAUUAGAGCCUAGCUGCUUAUUGUAAACAUUAUUGUAAAGUAUGAAGCCAAAAGAGUAUAUUCAAUUAAUAAAAAAUGCUAAUUUUAAUUAAAAAAAAAAAA